GUGCUAACUACCGACGCGGUGGCGUGACAUUUGUGUGACCUGUUAUGACGUCGGAUGAGGACCUGCAGCGGAACCAUCAUGACCGUCCAUACUUACACACAAACCGCUUCACUACAUUGAACGUCCCUUGGACCAGCGUUCCAAAGUUCCUACCAUCUGGGCGGCUCCCUAGCAUUCGAGCAUGGUCAACUCGCACUUUGUGCCGGCAACCAGCUCUCAAGGCGAACUGGCCGCUCACAGCGACCCACACCGUCUUCGGAGGAGAUUCAUUGGUCCUCUACCGAAGCAGACAGUGGCCAGUCCCAAGGCAAAGAAUAAGAGGAAGACGCGCACAGAUGCUGGCUCCACAGACCUCGAGGAUGGCGACGGCCUGCAGGACGCCAUCCGCACUCUCGCGCUCGACUUCUUCCUCAGACACGGAGGCGCCCCCGAGCAAUGGGGAGAGGAACAAGCGCAGUCUGUCCGGGAGGAGAUGUAUCGACGCUGGUGCCGAAGCGAGUGGGGGCGUGCCCUGAGGCAGCGCAAAGAUGCUACUGCGGACAGGUACUGGGUCGGUACGUCCUUCGAUGUGGGCGUGUUUCUCGGAGUCGAUACUUUGGAUGAGGCGUCCCGAAUUGGCGCUGCCAGUAGCACCUCUAUAGCAACAGGGACCUCGCUCAAGCCCAUCCCUGCUUCGACAGGCGUGGAGACCUUCGCAACCGCGCCCUCUCAGUUCGCCGCGACGCGUGAUGGCCAGGACAAAGUUACACCCGUUUCACCCUCUACUGAACGACCCAAGUCAGAACAAACCUCCCCUCGACCGACCGCCUCGCACGAAGAUGACACGGGGAGCGCAGCGGAUUCGUCCACUGCCCUUCUCAGUUCCACUCCUGCUGGACCGAGCAGGCUGGUCAGCGCGCGCUCGGAGCCUGCAACGCAUCCGGAUGCCCACAAUGACGCUCCAGCGACUCCCACCAGCGACAGCCGCUUACCGAAGGGUACAAUCGGUAAUGGUACAGCUCACAAGGGCAAGGGCAAGAUGCACGUCCAUUACUCAGAGCCUGAACCCGCACCACCAUCCGAGGUACUCACCCGGACGGGAGAGGCCGUGGAGAAUACGAGCGCAGGUGCAACUCAACAAGCCGACCCCGCAACACAGGUUGCCUGGGGAGAAAUUGUUAUGCGAGACAGGAUGCUCGUGAAGUUCUCUCACUCCGAGGCCCAGUCGCUGCCGUCCAACUUCGACGAAUGGCACAACCGCACAACAGGCCACCUUUAUAAUGAGGAUUGGAAGGACUAUAUUGUCAUAUGGCGGAAGGAUAGGCUAGAGCUAUAUAAAGGCCAUGCCAUGCCAGGGAAGGACUGGGUUCUGGGCCGUCUCAAGCUCGUCUUUGUCGUCCCGCUCGAUGCGUCGACCACACGGCUAUCCCUGUACUCCUUCGUCGACCUAACAUUCUGCAUCGUUUGUGCGCCUGCACCGCUGAAACAUCGCUCGAAACGGCGAUGGCUGUACGGCUCUCGGCAUGGGCUCAACAUCUUCAUCUUCAAGCUGAGGAGUCGUAGCAGAGCCACUGAUUGGCUUUGGCAUCUCUGGCGACAUAUGGGCAACGCGCUCCCAGACUUCCUGGAGGUGCUCUCUCCAGCCCUGGAGACCCGGAUCAAGAUCGACAUGCCCGGCUUAGAGGGCAAGGACGUCGCCAGCGCGUACGCCGUCUUCAGCUCGCAGAAUGUCCUGCAGCUCUGCCGGGAGCACCUGAUGAAGAUGCCCGAGUACCAAGGACUGCUGGGCGCCCGUCUUGCAGCGGGCGCUCAGCUAGCGCUGGCAUGGCGGUCGGGGACUAACCUCGACUGGGUCUGGCAGUCCGAGGACGUGCGGGGGCACCCGCGCAAAUGGGCCGUACUCACAGGCCUUGCGCUCAACCAGGGUGGUAAAUCAGCGCACCUCGAAGUUCGAGUGAAGGAGCACCUCCCUACGCGGCUACACUUGCGGGACGGCACGCGCCUCGACGAGCCCCCCGCCGUGGAGGGCUACGUCGAGCGCAUCCGGCCGAACUCGCAGCUCCGCCAGCCGCUCUACCUCACGACGCUCGACGGGUACCUCUUCACGCUCCUCCCCGCGCACGCGCACCCCCCGCCGCCGCCGGGGUUCGUCGCGCCCGAGACGGGCGCGCACGCGCUGUGGGCGGACGAGGUGCGCAGGGGCGCGGAGCAGGUGCUCAGGGCGACGGGGAUGAUGGACUUGAGGAGCAUCGUCGCGGUGAGGCGGGCGUUCCAGCUCGUGCCAAGUCGUGCGGAGGCGGUGCCGGACAGAGGGAGCGCGGGGGAGUGGGACGAGACGGAGGAGUUCUGGCGCGCGGGGGAGAGGUCGGAGGGCGAUGAUGAGGAUGUGGGCGGCGAGGCGGGUGUUGCGAGGUGUUCUGUGCAGGAGAAGCCACGGCUGAGGAUGCGCCGGUCGUUUGAGUUGUUGCUGACGACGGGCAGCGUGAUCCGCUUCGAGGCAUAUUCAUGUCAAGCAGCGCUGGAGUGGAUCGUCCGCCUACGACCCCUCAUCUCCUACUGGAGAAAAUGGCAUGACGCGAGUGCCCGCCAGGAGAUGGAGCUCACGCACCAGAGCACCGGGCGCGCACGGAUAACGCCUCUUACACAUGUCUUUGAGGACCUCGACCAGGGCCCGGAGCCCAUCCCUGAUCCAGACGCACCCAUACCAGAGCUGAGCACAUUGUUCAAUUGGUGUGUGCUGGAAGGCUGCCGGCCGAUCGUCAAAUGCGGGAAGCUUUUUGCUAGGAAGGGGCUGAAGGGCCAGUACAGGCUUGUCCAGCUCGCACUGGUGCAGGGCAACCUCAUUCAGUACCGGAUAACGGGCCGCAAGUCCUUGCACCACAGACGUGACAGGCUCAUCAGCCUGCUCGACGCCUCCGUCAUCUCCGGCUACCUCGCCGCGCAGUACCUUCCGGAGGGCGAGUACGAUCCGGAUGCUCCGCGCGUCGCCCGUCGGUACCAGGACGGCCUCGAGACUGAUGAUGGCGACGAGGACACGCUCUUCAUGCUCUGGUACCGCACGACGAAGUCUGGGGGCGACGAGAUCGAGCGGAUUCACCAGGCCACGGGCGAGGGCGUGCCGCCGCUGAAGAUGAAGCGGAAGCUGGCGGUGUUCCGGACGAGGAGCAAGCUGGAGCGGGAUGUGUGGGUGUGGGCGAUCAAUGCGGAGAUUGAGAAGGUCGUGAGGGCGACGGACAAGAGGGAGGAGAUGAUUAGGGAGGCUGGGAACGUACCUGGGACUUGACAGCAUAGCAAAGCAUGGUCAAUGUGGCCGUAGUACUGUAAAUCAUGCCACAUUCGGGUCGCGCACGACGCCGAGCAAUGAUACCCAAAAUGGAC